AUAGGUAAACAUGAUGAAGCCUGGAUGAUCCUCAAGCAAGUUCAUGACACCAACAUGCGGGCCAAGGGCGAGCCAGAGAGGGUGUUUACGGUUUCCUAUAUCAAAACUCCAAAGCAAGUAGACGAAUUCAUUGAAAUCCAGAGCUCAACAGGGACCUGGUACCAGCGGUGGCUGGUCAGAAUCACGACUACUUUCAAACAGGUCUGGGACAACGUGCUAUAUUGUUUAACAGCGCAGUACAGGAUGAACACACUGAUGCUGGCUGUGGUUUGGUUUACAAUGGCCUUAAGUUACUACGGCCUUAUCGUCUGGUUCCCUGAUAUGAUCCGGUAUCUCCAAGAAGAGGCAUAUGAAUCCCGAGUGAAGAUCUUUGAUGAGGAAGAAGUGUCACACUUCACCUUUAAUUUCACCCUGGAAAACCAAAUCCAUAGAAAUGGAGAAUACAAAAAUGAUAAAUUUAUUGGCAUGAAAUUCAAAGAAGUGAGAUUUGAGGAUUCAUUGUUUGAGGAAUGCUACUUUGAAGAUGUGACAUCCAGCGAGACCUUCUUCGAAAACUGCACCAUCAUUUCUACUGUCUUUUAUAACACUGAUCUCUACAAACACAAAUUCAUCAACUGCAGGCUCAUAAACAACACGUUUAUGAACGAGAAGGAAGGCUGUCACCUGGACUUCGAGGAGGACAAUGAUUUCCUGAUCUACCUGGUCAGCUUCCUGGGCAGUCUGUCGGUGCUGCCAGGCAACAUCAUCUCUGCGUUACUCAUGGACAAAAUAGGGAGGAUAAAGAUGAUCGGUGGCUCAAUGUUGAUCUCGGCAGUGUGCUGCUUCUUCCUCUUUUUUGGCAACAGUGAGUCAGCAAUGAUCGGCUGGCAGUGCCUCUUCUGUGGGGCCAGCAUUGCCGCCUGGAACGCCCUGGACGUGAUCACUGUGGAGCUCUACCCCACUGACAAAAGGGCAACAGCCUUUGGCAUCCUCAAUGGGCUUUGCAAGUUUGGUGCCAUCCUGGGGAACUCAAUCUUUGCCUCCUUUGUAGGGAUAACGAAGGUGGUUCCCAUCCUUCUGGCUUCCUCUGCUCUGGUUGGAGGUGGCCUGCUUGCUUUGCGCCUGCCAGAGACUCGAGAACAGGUCCUGAUGUGA